AUGGCCGCUCGCCGCGUCUUGUCCCGCAACAUCCCCACUCUUGCUUCUCGCACCAGUUUCCCCAGAGCGGCCGCAAUCUCCGCGCGGACAAUGUCAUUGCCAAAGCCUACACCGAACAGGAUAGCCACUCGGCGCCUGCAUGCUACCGCGCAGCAUCUGAAGCCUGCUGCGACCACGACGGCUGCCUCAACAGCCGACUCUUACCCCACAACGCAUGAGCAGAUACCCGAGCCGCAGGACACACAGAACUUCCUAGAUAACAAGUUCACUGCUUCCCAAGCUACGCAAUGGAUCGACUUGUAUGACCCAGCAACGAACAACCUCGUGACGCGCGUGCCGCAGUCGACGGAUGCAGAGCUCAAAGCCGCGGUUGACAGUGCCGAGAAGGCCUUCCCCGCGUGGCGGAACACGAGCUUACUGGCCAGGCAGCAGAUUAUGUUCAAGUUCGUCGCGCUGAUCCGCGAGAACUGGGACAGGCUGGCGGCUAGCAUCACGCUGGAGCAGGGCAAGACGUUUGCUGAUGCCAGAGGAGAUGUGCUGCGUGGUCUGCAAGUGGCUGAGACUUCAUGCGGCAUCACGACGCAGCUGACGGGCGAGGUGCUGGAAGUCAGCAAGGACAUGGAGACGAGGAGCUAUAAGGAGCCAUUGGGUGUCACGGCGGCUAUCUGCCCCUUCAACUUCCCCGCCAUGAUCCCUCUUUGGUCAAUCCCAAUUGCAACUGUGACUGGUAACACUAUCAUCGUCAAGCCUUCCGAGCGUGACCCUGGUGCCAUGAUGAUCCUGGCCGAGCUCUGUGAAAAGGCCGGCUUCCCUCCCGGUGUCGUCAACGUGAUCCAUGGCUCGGCCAAGACCGUCGACUUCAUCCUUGACGAGCCGCGCAUCAAGGCAAUCUCUUUUGUCGGCAGCAACAAGGCCGGCGAGUACAUCUACAGCCGGGCCUCGGCCAAUGGCAAGCGCUGCCAGGCCAACCUCGGCGCAAAGAACCACGCUGCGGUGCUGCCUGACGCCGCCAAGAACCACGCGAUGAACGCCAUUGCUGGCGCGGCCUUUGGCGCAGCUGGCCAGCGCUGCAUGGCUCUCAGCACCGUCGUCUUGGUCGGUGAGACCAAGGACUGGGUGCCCGAAAUUGCGGAGAUGGCGAAGAAACUGAACGUCAAUGGAGGUUUCGAGAAGGGCGCGGAUCUGGGUCCUGUGAUCAGUCCCGAAGCAAAGAAGCGGAUUGAAGACGUUAUCAAGAGCGCCGAAGAGGAGGGCGCGACGAUUGUUCUGGAUGGACGUGGGUACAAGCCUGAGAAGUACCCGAACGGCAACUGGGUUGGGCCCACGCUCAUCGCCAACGUGAAGCCGCACAUGCGGUGCUACCGCGAAGAGAUCUUCGGACCAGUGCUAGUGUGCAUCAACGUGCCCACAAUCGACGACGCAAUCAACCUGAUCAACGCGAACGAGUACGGCAACGGCGUAGCCAUCUUCACGCGCAGCGGCGCGACGGCCGGCCGCUUCCAGAAGGAGGUCGAGGCCGGCCAGGUGGGCAUCAACGUGCCCAUCCCCGUGCCUCUGCCCAUGUUCAGCUUCACGGGCAACAAGCGCAGCAUUGCCGGCGGCGGCUCGAACACGUUCUACGGCAAGCCCGGCAUCAACUUUUACACGCAGACGAAGACGGUGACGUCGUUGUGGCGGAGUGAGGAUGCGUUGGCGACGAAGGCGAGCGUGAAUAUGCCGACGCAUUCGUAG